AGUGGAGUUGGAACGAUGCUGGAAAUAUCCAUAUUAAAGAUCCAGGAUCCCGGAUGCUUUUGGGGUAGGAUUGUAAAGGGAGCCGGGCUACAGUUAAACGGCCCAAAAGAAUAUGAAAACCUGCAGGUCGAGAUGAACCUGUUCUAUCAUGAAUUCAACCUGGAUAACCAGAAGAUUAAGCUUCCAUCACUGACGGAGGAUCAGGUGUGUGUGGUUUACUCCCCCACCCUGAGGAGCUGGUGCAGAGCUGUUGUGGAGUCUGUCUUUAUGAGGACGGGGGGAUGUCAGGUGAUGUGUUUUCUGGUGGACUACGCUGACCACAUUAUCGUCAGCUUAGACAGUGUGAGAGCUCUUUUGGAGAGGUUUCUGCAGCUACCAUUCUUGGUGAGGAAGUUCCAGCUUGCUGGAAUCCACCCUAUGAAGCUGCAUGUGCCUAUCUGUGAGGAGAUGGCUAAACUUAUACCAUCAACUCACUGGGACAGCUCUGCUACACGGUAUUUGUGCAACCUUGUACAAGCCUCUUCACUGUCAGAAGCAAUGCCCUGUGGCAUUCUGGGGGACUCCACUGCUGUUGAGCUCUAUUUGACCAUCGGGAAUGUGAAGAUCUGUGUGAAUGAUGACUUGGUGACAAAGAGGUUUGCCUAUUCCUCAAGCGAGAAAACUGCACCCAGCUCUCACAACUGUGGUGAUGAUCCCUCCCUUGUCAUGUUGGCCUGUGACAUAUACUCCAGCACCAACAAAGUGGUGUCACAGAAUGGUUGUGUCACGCAGGCAUUGUGGUACUCACUAAGGAAGGACCUUCAGGACAUCAAACCUGGGGCAAGUCAGACAGUAGGCAAAGACUCGAAGAAAGCAACACUGGAGAUGUCCCAGGGAGCCCCAGACCUGGGUGCUGGAGAGCCCUCCAAAUAUCAGCCCCUUGAGAUGGGGGCAAAUGCUGCAGCAGACUUUGCAGUGAAUGGAGAUGUGGCCGAGAGCUUCACUGACAGCGGUAGGAGCUCAGACACUGAGAAUUUGUCCCUGGAGGGUAACCAGACUGGCGCAAGUAAUACCGUUGACCCUGCGGGAGAUGAAGAAGACCACGAGAAUAGGGUUAUGAGCAUCACAGAGUGGGUGGGCCUUGAAGAGGAGUUGGACUUUACAAGGCUGCUGCAGUGGCUAAAUCCUGAUCCUUUGAAUCUAGAUGCAGAAUUCUCAGACAUCACAAGUGUGCAUUGUGAGCCCAGCAGGAGUAGAAUUCUGGUCCAUUCUGCCAUUCCCAUUGAGCCCUGCACCAGCUUGGCCUGUUCACCCAUCACUGACAGCCUCAGAAAGGCACUGAUUCGCAAGGGGUACAGGGGACUGGACGUGGCAGAGUGUUACAGCUGGCCAGCGGUGGCCCAGGGCUGUGACACCGUGUUGAUCUCCAGUAGCGGAGCUGACCCCAUGACCUACAUGCCUCCCUUUCUGUCCCACCUCCAGCUCUCCAACACCCACACUGUCCCCAACUCCCACUCUGGGCCUAUAGCAGUGAUUCUGUGUCAGGGCUGGGAGAAAGCCCAACAUGUAUUUGACCUCCUGGAGGACAGUCCAGCUACUAAGGCCUUCAGUCCCAUGAUUGUCCUGGUAGGGCUGGGAAAAGAUGAGGCCAAAAGCAUCAAGAUUGAGAGAAAUUGUCAGGUGCUGGUGACCACUCCCUUCAGCCUGGUGAGACUGCUGGGGUUCCAUCGUUUCUUGUUCCUAAGGCUGUGUCACUUGGUAUUGGAUGAAGUGGAUGUGCUGUGUUCCCGAGCCCCCGAGGAGGUGUCUGCUGUUCUUCAGCACUUCCACAAGGUGGCAGCCAGUGAGGAGCGGGGCGUGCACACCAAGCAGAUCAUUGCGGUAGCUAAACGAUGGAGCAAGCAAGUGGAAGCCCUGGUGAAGGAACACAUGAUCGACCCCUGCAUCAUCAUCACGGUCAUGGAGGAGGCUGCCCUCUACGGCAGCGUGCACCAGAUGGUGCUGCUGUGUCUGGACUGUACAAAAAUUUCUGUGUUACUCAGUGCCCUGGACUUUAUUCCUGAUGUUGCCCAGAAGACCCUGAUUGUCACCAACUCUGCCAAAGAAGUGGAGCAUGUAUACAAGGCUGUCAUCAACACAUCAGCAUACUGCCUGAAAUUUCACGAAGGGCUGACCUACCAGUUUGACUUUGUCAUCGAGCAGUGGAGGAAAGACAUAGGGCGUGGCACUCAUGUUAUUUUGGUUGUCAGUAAUGAGUGUAUGAAGACCCUGGGGAUUCGGGACGCUACAUGUGUUGUACACUAUGGCUUCCCAAGCUCUCCCGGACUGUUUGGGAGUAGGCUGUACUGCAUGUCCGAGAACUUCCAAAACCUCUGUGUAAAGGACUGUGGGAAUCCCACUCGGAUUGCUAAAUCCAUGCUGCUCUUGUCAGAGAAGAACACCAGGCAUGUCAUUGGAGUGUUGCGUUACCUGGAGCGUGCAGAGGCCAUGCUGCCUCCAGAACUGGUGGGCUUUGCCCAGGGUGUGCUGCAGGCCAAGGACAAGCAGAAGACUGACAGACCCCUCUGUAGCUACCUCAAGAGCUUUGGUUUUUGCAGGGACAGCAGAGUUUGUCCAGACCGACACAGUAUCAACCCCAAGAAAGACACCCCUCAGCACCCUGAUUCUGGAGGCAUAGUGAUUUUGCCCUUAUACAUCAAGAAUGCCUCCUGUUACUAUGGACGCAUAGUGAGUAGGAAGGAGGACCGCUAUGAAAAUCUUGCAGCACAAAUGCUGGAGUACUAUGCCAGUGAGAAGUUCAGUGCCAAGAAGGUGGAGAAAGGAGGGCUCUAUGGAAUUCAGGAAGAUGGUGCCUAUCACAGGGUCCAGGUGCUUAUUGUGCCAGACAAUGGUGAGCAACUGGUCUGCAGCGUGAGAGUGCAUUUCCUGGACGAUGGCCGCAAGCAGGAUGUGAAGGCCCACCAGCUACUGAUGCUGCCCAGCCACUUCCAGAACCUGCCACCCCAGGCCGUGGAAAUUAUUCUGUGUCGGGCCAAGCCCCUUGAUGGGGAGGUGGACUGGAACCCAAAGGUCAACAGACACAUCAGCCAGAAGAUUAAAGGCGUGAAGCACCAAGCCACUGUGGUCCUUAGCUUAGGAAACACAAUCUGGGUGGAUUUCAUGGUACGAGUUACACAUCUGCCAGGCUUGAAGACCUCCAUAAAUGAGUACAGUGUCCGUUCUGAAAUCCUGGCCACUGGGAUGGGUACAGACAACCCUCGGCAUGUAGACCUACUGCAAGAGCUGUGCAAGGAGUUAGGCGUUUCGGACAGGGGGAAGCCCAUCCCCAGCAUUAUGCCAGAGGCUCCUGGAGAGAACCUGGAAAGCAGGCUGACAAGGUCUGAAGAAGCCCUGGCAAAGAGACUGAAAGCCUCAGCUGAGAGCCUGCAGCCUGUGCAGGAGACGUCUGCAGACACUCUGGAGGACCAGCUGCAGUACCCUGCACCCUCACGUGAACACGAGCCUCAGCCCUCAUCAGGGAUCCUCAGGAGCAGGCCAAAUGUGAGGUUGUGUAACAGCGACAUGCCCUUCUCACAGCUGAAUGCCACUGUGGGGACCUCUGAGAACAGGCUGCAUGUUCCUACAGCCUUCCAGGACCCUGCAGUGACGCCUCUUGCUUGCGUUGAUGGUAGGCAUUACUAUGCAGACCUGGAGCUGUGUAGUACAAUCAUUCCAGACAAGAGCACUUGGGAUGUGAAGUGCAGCAAGCCGGUGAUAAGACCAAUGAAGGAGGAGGUGGGGGUUUGGAACAUGCUGCUGAAGCAAAAGAGUGCCUUUGUAACUUCUGACUUUGACCUCUUGGAGGAGCAAGAACUGAAAUUAGGAAAUGUGGGAACUGAAAUGGAAUGCUUCCCUGUUAACAAAGAAGGUUACUGGUUCAUGGGGUGCGCUGGAGAGGAGGGCUGCUACGUGGGAUCAGACAGUGACAGUGACUGA